UGGCCAAUAGUGGCGUGCGGGGGUGUUUAAACGGCGGCGGCGGUUGGGGGGCACAACGGAGCAGCGGGAGCGGCGCGGCCGGGCCUGGCCUGAGAAUCCAUCCAGUUUGGUGGGAAUCAUGGAGAAUGUGCUAGGAGCAGAGGGUGAGGAGCAGCUGGCAGACGAUCUGAGCCAGCUGAGCACCUGGCAGGGAGGCAGCGAGGGGCCCUCACGUUCCCAUGAUGAUCCCUAUGCCCAGGCAUCCAUCGUUAUUCGCGCCCUUCCUGGGGAUGAGAGGGAAACCAGGAGGCUGGUGAUGAAGAGGAAGGUGCUGAGACACAGACCCGAUGGAAGCGUGGAGGUCUCCGAUGAGUCACCGACGAACAUCGAGCCAGAUAACAAUGCUGAGUCAUCGAGCCCGCUGCAUUCCAGGACUUUUUUCGAUGACACCAUCUCCGAAGGGGAACUAGAGACCAGCAGUGGCUGCUUGGAGGAGUACCUGCACUAUGAUGAUGAUUGCUGGCUCCUUGAGGACAGACCCUGCUCUCUCCUCAGGGAUUUUGGAAGCGACACUAUAUCCGAGCACCCCAUUCCAGGGGGAUCACCCACAUCCUACAUUGUUGCACAGGUUGAUAAAAUGAAGAGAACUGACCCAGCGGCCAAACUUAGACAAUAUAAAAAAGACUGGGAGAGAUUCAGCUUUCCCGGGGAGGAUUCCCAUCAGGAGCUGCGCUGGGCUGUGCGGAGGCAGAUGCUCCAACCAGGGCCGCCGCCCCGGCCGCAGAGGCGCAUGGUCCCCAACAAGUACGUGGUGCCCACGCUGAAGAAGCGCGAGUCCCUGCGCUUCAACGUGCGCCGGGACCUGGCCCGCUGCCUCAUCCCCCGCCGGUACACCUCUUCCUAGAGCCCCAGCCCUGCUGCUUUCUCCUCCUCAACAUCCUCCAUAGUCUGGAAAAUCCCCCAGUGCGCUUCAGGCAGGUUAAGUUUUGCUGUGGAGGAGGUUUUCUUUACAACAUCUCGGCGAUAUCUUUUUUCUUAAUAAAGCAUCUGUAAAAGUU